AUGGCGCAUCUUCUUGUUGAAAAUCCAUCGCUAUCUUCGUCAAAAAAUAAGCACAUCAUUAGCACUGCUUCCAGUCGUUGGACCUUCGAUCCUAGUACUUUAGCUGAUCCAAAAGUGAUUGCACUCGCACGCUUUGAACAAUCGGAUUAUGCAGUCCAUCUCCAUCCUGAAGAUAAGCGUGGCUAUCGUUCUGUUGUUCGAUUGAUCAACAAGGAUCGAACGGUCCCAACAAUCAAUCGAGAUUAUAGUUCAACAGAAAGAAUUGGCCUUGCGUUAACCAUGGCUUUAGUCACAGAAGCUUAUAGUCGUAUUGUACCAAUCGCUCAAAAUGCAGUUACAGGUAAUAAUGCUCACUUGUUUCACCCAAAAACGGGAAUCAUCCAACUGGGUAUUUCCCAAGAACUAAUUUUUCUCCAUGGUCAUGUGUUUGGAUGUGGCGAUCCAGAAGGAAAAUAUAUUGAGGACGUUCCAUUGGAUGGUCUCGUUCUUGGAGCGAUUUUCGAUAUGGACGCUCCGUCUUCGCAUGAAUCAGACGACGAUAAACAAGUGUCCUGGAAAUCAGACGAAAUGAAUAAAGUGGUUCGUCGAUUAGAAACUGAAAUUGAAAACAUUCAUGAUGCUUACAAAGUUCACGGACUGUCCGUCAUUACCCGAAAUGUUUUCGUCGAUAUCUACAUAGUAAGACAUGGUGAAACUGAUUGGAAUGCUCAAAAAAGACUUCAAGGGCGCACAGAUAUUCCUUUAAAUGCGCAAGGCAAACUACAGGCUUGUCAACUUAAAGAAAAGUUUGCUGGUAUUCAUUUUUCAAAAGUAUUCACAUCCGAUUUGAUACGGGCGCGUUCAACCGCUGAACUAAUUCUUGGUUCGAAUACAUCAACUAUUAUUGAAACGUCAUUGCUCCGAGAAAGAUGCUGGGGAAUAUGGGAAGGACGUUUGGCUACUGAAUUAAAAUCAUAUUUAGAACAAACUACCAAUCUUGAUAAAUUCACGCAAGAAGAAUAUUUGUCAUUUAAAUGGGAUGGUACUGCUGAAAGCUAUUCUGAUGCUUAUCAACGAAUAGAAACUUUUAUCCGUUCCAUUGCAAUUUCUCCGUCUCUGAGUGAUGAUCCCAUUUUACUUUCUAGUCAUGGCGAAUCUAAUGUUCAUGCUAUUUGCUUCAAAGAUAGAAUACCAAUGGGUGAUAAAUCUCAAAUAAAAAAUGCAGGUUUAAGAUACAAUCUUUAUAUUCCAUAUGGAAUUCAACCCGAAAGAAAUAAUGAAUCACAAGAAGCUGCUGGUAAAAUCACAAUUAUUGUAGAAAAUCCUGCUGGUUUAACACAAUGUUCAGCAGUGUUAACUGUUGAACUUUAUCGUCAAUGGGAACAAAAAUAUACAUAA